AUGCGUAUCAAUGGUCUUUUAUGCAUCUCUUCGACAACUCAUCCCAUUAAAGCGAACGAUUUUGAUUUCGAGGAACUUCAGACAUAUCUUUUCUCUCAGACGUCCAUUCAUCAUCGUCAAAACGAAUCGUGUCGUCUUCAGUUGUUCCUUAUCGGACACACGAACGAGCUCACUGUUUUGUUUAACAGUAAUUCUAUGAUACCCGUUGUUUUACAUGAUGAACAAACGUAUCUUCAAACGUUAAUUGCUUUUGAUUUAGAAUCAUAUGAAGAGUUAAAUGAGAUACGAUUUACAAAAAUUCUUGGGCAUGCUUGCUCACAACAUGAUUUUUGUGACCGAUCAUUUGUUUUUCAAUUUGUUCAAGCUUUCCUGAUAUCAAACAAUGAGCAAAAGCUACAUGAAUCAAUGGUACUACUAUUAUAUAAAAAGAACCCUAAACAAGUUCGAUGUUUAAACGAAGAUAGAAAACUAGUCAAAUGCGCUGGCGAUCUUUGUGUAAGUAUUUCUUGGAUUUAUGAAAAGCACUUUGAAUAUCGAUGUCGAGUGCCUCCCGAAAAUGGAAUUAAACUGUAUAUUGAUAAUCACUUUAUACCAGACGUCGCGAAGAAACUUCUUUAUAAACAAAGGAUUCAAUAUAUAUGCAAUUAUAAUCAAUGUAAUAAUCAAACCAUUGGUAACGAAGUCAUUCGAAAGGUCGAACAAAUCUAUGAUAUUUCUGCAAUAAAAAGACAACUACACAUUGUUGAUGAACAAACAACUGAGCAACAAGCAUCCACCACGAUAUUAUUCACAACAAAUUCCGGUACACGUCCAAUGAAAAGUCGAAGUGCACAACAAUUGAUGACGAUUCCUAUAUACUUUACCGUUCAUCUUAUUGAAAUUUCUUUUUAUCACAUAUAA